AUGUCUAUCCAGCCUGCAAUGUCCUUUCUUUUCUUCGUCGUUCCUGUCGCCGCCAUUGCGCUUUCUGUUGUCGCUGCUGCCCGAUCAUCUAAUUUUCAAGACCCCUCCUCAAAGCGACGCGUUGUUUGGACGCUUCCAGUCUUUUUCACCCUCGCCAUCCUCUCUACCGCUGCCGGGACACUUUUCUUUGUUCGUUUGCAUGGAGAUAACUUUUCUCUUGCUCUCGCAAACUCGGUCGUGGUUGCUGCUCUCUACAUGGAAUUGAGCUUUUGUGUCUUGUACCUGCUCAGUGUCAUUACGACCCUGGCCGUUUUGCGACCGGUCAAGUUCCUGUUCUACUGCAUCCUCAUUACGGCAAUUCUAAUUUCUGCUACCCUUGUCUAUAUCAUCGAGUCUUUCCAAGUCAUAUGGCCCCUUCUUUCGCCCAUCUUAUACCUGGCUCUUACCAUCUUGACGCUACCCGUAAUAGGCUUCAGCUUCCUGUCGACCGUCGACCAUCCACGAGUCUUUCUGGCACCUCAAAUCCUUGUGUCAUCGCCGUCAUAUCCGCGGUUGUCGAUAGAGAAGCCUCGGCUGUCCUUCGUCGAUGAAGGGCUCUCAACCGAAGAAUCGUGUGUCGCUCCCGUCCAUCCGCCACCUAUAAAACGCGCCGCCGCCGUGUUCGUGUUGUGCGGCCAGACUUUUGCCAUCAUCCACUUUGGGUUGUCUAUUGCCUUUGCGAUCCUCGUUUCUGAUCAGCCCCCUCCUCUUUUGGCCUCGGCACUACAAGAGACCGUUGGAGACAUGAGGCAAGAAGCACUGGCAUUCGAAAUCGCCGGGACCGCCUUUUUGGUUCUUUGGAUGAUUUGUACAAUGAUGGCGUUCCUACCCUCCCGCUUGCGUCGACGACCAGCAAGUCUCGCGACAGUCUCGGAGGUGGCCGUUACAGCAUUUACGGAUGCCCAUUUGCGGCGGCCACGUAUCAAGCUCAAGUCGCUUGUUUCUCUCUCGGUUCAGAAUUCGACUCCGCGCUCUUCUCCGUUUUCGACUCCCGCGCCAAACGCAAUUCCAGACCCUCUCUGGCCAAAGAUGCCGGCAAUUAAUGACUUGGACGAGUUGCAAGACCCGUUUGCGCUCAAAUCUGAGCCGGUGGUGGUGUCGCUGCGGACGAGUCAACCCAACGGAAGUACUAAUGGUCCUAGACAACCAAGGAUGAGUGCAUGGGGCACUUUACCCGUUACACCCCCGCCAACACUCCAAGUAUAUCGCGAAAAUGUUGGCCGCCUUCCUUCUUUGCGGGCGCUUGGCCUCCGUCGUGCUGCUCCCUCCAGGGCCUCAGACACGGACGCAAUAACACUUGCGUCUAAACGCACUGCCACUACAACUGGUAAAUCCACCCCUGGCAGACGGAGAAGUAUGUCCGUUUUCACGGGCUAUACUUCGCCCUCUGAGUACAGCCAAGUCGGCGAGGGUGACGCUGGCUUUGAUAUGGAGGAAGCGUUGCUCGCCCAGAAGCUCCUUCAACGACUCGAUGCUGCGAGCAAUACCGGCAAUGCAGGUCCUGGGACUGGGCGUUGGGCGAGGAGAGCUUAA